AUGGUCCACACCGAUACCGGCGCCUCGAGCGAGGCGCCGCUCUUAUCGCCACCGCCCCCUGUCCCUGGGUCAUGGGAUCGUCCUGCCAAACAAAUCUCCGGUGCUUGGUCGAUGCAGGCACCGGAGCGCUCUCCAGCAUCCGUGCACCGCCAGCCUAGCCUGUCCGACUCGGAGCGCGACAUGUACUCGGAGGCGCUCUCGCCCUGGCUGCACGCAACACCCGAGUACCACGGCACAACACUGCCUGAGUGGCACGAUUCGUCCACGGACACCAUCGUCGAGGAGGCGUCAGAGCCUGAGGCUCCGUCGCCGGAGCUGAACGCCCCGUCGAGCGAACCCGUGACGGACCUCACCGACAACGUGCCUGGGUAUCGCUACACAUCGAUCAUUCAGUCGACCAUCCCUGAAGAGUCGUUCGAAAUGUCGCGCUCCCAAUCCGACCUCGAGCCGGCCGCUGAGGCGGCCGCGUCGCCGGAGCUCAUUGGCCUCGGCAUGUCAGGCACGGUCGCUGGCUUUUCAGCACGCCAGGCUUACCUGAAAGAACUUGGCUACACGUUUCCCACGCCGACAGCAUCAGCGCCGGCACCUGCCGCGCCGAAAUCGGGCCUCUCGUACCGCAUGCCGCCAAUCGAGGCGUUGCGCAUCUGCAAGCAGGACAAAAAUCCAGCGCGCGACGCCUCGACAGCCCCAAGCGCAGAAAAUGACGCAUCGCGCGCUACGCGAGCCCUAAGUGGUGCCUCGUUCGUCUUUUCACCGGCCACGGCCGAGGCCGAGGCUGAGCAGGCAUGGCAGCCAUCGCCGCCGCCAAUUUUGCGGCCGCGCAUCCCGUCCGUGGGCGAGCAGGAGACCGUUGUAACGCACAAAGCCGCGCCGAAGCACCUGCCUGUGCGUCUCCCGGACACGUAUACCUACUCGCCGCCGUUGCAAACGAUCCACAUCGUGCGCGAGACGCAGCCUGUGGCGCCCAAGGAGCCCGAAGCCGCCAGUGUCGAGCCCGCUCCUGCUAAAUCCGAGUCUGCAGCGGAGACCCAAGUCGAGGAGCCCCUUGCGCCUGCUUCUCUGGCCGAGUCUCCGUGCCCUGACGAGGCACCGAUCACCCACGAGCCACCGGUCGAUGCCGACCAAGGUGCUACGUCGCCUGAAAACUCGGACGUGUAUGCAGCAUGGGCACAGGAUGCUACGCUCGUUGGCUCUUCCCAUACCAAACUAUCGUCGGACGAUCCCAAGCUCAAGGACGUGUCGGUAUCCUCGUCGUGGAUGGCACCGCCCAGCGACCAAGAGACAAGUGCGUUGGGCUUGCACAUCGUCGAGCCUCUGCCGACGCCCCGCGAGGACCCGGAGGUCUGGCAGCCAGUCACGGACCCUGCGCCCGCCUCCGAGGAGCCGCGUGCCCCCACGCCGGAGCACCACGAAGCUCCCGCCCCGGCGCCGCCGAUUACAACCGUAUGGCCUCUGCGCCGCCCAGCGCCACCGGAGCCCACGACACGCCCCCCACCAUCCCUGCAGGAGUACCGUGUGCCGUCCGAUGCCCGCGUUGUCGAUGCACCAUAUGCCGCUACACCCCGGGCUGUCUCGUAUGGCACAAACGUCCUGGACGAAGCGUACGAGUCACCAGCCGAUAUGCCUGGCCAGGCGCGCGAUGAGCCCAGGUCCAAUACCCUGCCGUCGCGCUCGUACCCAGCCGUACCGCGCAAGGCGCCGCCACCUGUCGUUCCCAACGAGCCGCUUCCGCCGCCCAUCACUGGUGCGGCGCCUGCGCUCGUUUCGUACAUGUCCACGCCAACUCAGAAGCUGCGUGCACCCCUCGACUACUCGGUGCCCUUUCCACUCUUGUUCCAAAGCCGCCGGCACUCGCGCAGCUCCGAACGCGCAGGACGCCGCCUCUCCUCGAUGGAUGUGCCACGCGAGGCACCGCCCAGAGAAGACGUGCGUGGCCGGGCAUCGCUAGACGAGCAGCGCCUGCCUUCCCUGUCUGCUGCAUGGGCGUGGCCUGGCUCGGAUGGCCCACCUGACUCGCAAGCACGGCCUCCCGUCUCGCAAGCACGCCCAACUGACUCGCAGGCACGCCCACCUGACUCGCAGGCACGGCCUCCCGUCUCGCAAGCACGCCCAACUGACUCGCAGGCACGCCCAGCUGACUCGCAGGCACGGCCUCCCGUCUCGCAAGCACGCCCAGCUGACUCGCAGGCACGCCCAGCUGACUCGCAGGCACGGCCUCCCGUCUCGCAAGCACGCCCAGCUGACUCGCAGGCACGCCCAGCUGACUCGCAGGCACGGCCCCCCGUCACGCAGGCACGGCCCCCCGUCACGCGGGCACGUCCACCUGUCUCGCAGGCGCCUGCCCUCUCGCCCCUCAUUGGGUCGCCCCAGGUGCCACCGACCCCGCCGCCCAAGUCGUGGCUAGCGCCAGCGACCUCCGCCGUGCCACGCGCCUCGGCUGCGCCAUCAUAUGCGCGGGACUAUGGAGUAAUUCAACCAGCGCUUCAGCCCCUGCAGGGCGUCCCGAUUGAGAGCAAAGAAGGCCGGCACGUGUGGCUUGAUGUCGACCCUGACAACUCGCACCUCUCGAUGCUUGGCGCCGUGGACGAUUCGAAUGAUUCGUUCCACUUUGAGAGCUACUUUGAGCACUCGCUCCAGCGAAUUCGCGCGGAGCUCGCGCAGAUCGGCGGAGAGGCACCGCCGCGACGCUCGGCGGCCAAGGCGGCUGCACAGGAGGCCGCGCGUGUCGCGGCUCGUGCGGGUACGCAGCGCCCCCCUGCUGCGGCGCCGAUGGACUUGACACACAAUGCACCGCCCGUGAAUGUGGAGAAUGUCGGCUCGCCGCUCAUGUCGCUCGAUGAGUUUACGUAUGUGAUGGACGAGAAUGGCGUGGCACUUUCGACGCCGCACCUGGGUCUGCGCAGUCCUAGCGAGCCGCCCGUAUCCACGGCGCCUGCGCUGCCGCCCCUUGACACGUACCUGCCAGAGGAGCACGAGGUGAUGGGCGACCAGCCACCCGUCGCGUGGAUCUUCCAUGAUGAGGUUCGCAGCGCCUUUGCCGACGAACCAAUGCCGACCGAUCACCGCCUGCCGCUUGAAUUUGUGACAAAGCCCAACUCGGUCCUCUCUCGCGGCCGUCCCGUAAAAAAGACCGAGCAGGAAAGCAUCUUUUACUCGAGUGGUCCUGACGUACGCCGCCGCCGUGUCGGCCCACCGCCCUCGGUGCCGACGUGGAACUUUGAGGAGGGCGAUGAAGAAGUGCUUACUAGCCCGCGGCCGGCGCCGGCGCCGGCCGCGGCACCACGCGCGGCGUCGCCACCCCUGCUUAACGACUUCACCGAGCCGCCCGUCACCGAGUCGGGUCGUGUUGAGGACGAUGCGCGGAAGCGUCGCGGCAGGGAGGGUGCCGACCCCAAGUUUGCGAGCUGGUGGCGCCGCAAGGGGCCGUCACCCGCCAAGGCGACAAGUGCGCCGCCCAGUGAUGGUCCUCGGCCCUCGGAGGUGUCGUCCGAGGCCCGCACAUCGACGUCGACAAGCACGACAAUGAAGUAUGGACGUCGUACGGCGCCGCCAGGCUUUGAGCCAUCACAGCCUGGCAAGUACUUUUUGGCGGGUACCGUAUCGCUACCGACACUCAACAUUGCUCGGACGCCUGAGCAGCGCGCGCGCCACGAGACAGGCCUCGCUGAGACGGAGCCGUCGCUGAUCCAGAGCUUGCUCGCGGCGCCUUCGAGCUCGACGGUGCGUGCACGCGCAGGUAUCGUCAAGGCCCUGCACUUUGACGAGGCGAGCGCGCCGCCUACCGGGCAGGUGAUCGUGUCCGAGGAGCGCAAGGUGCUUGUGCGCCCUGUCUUGUAG